UAUCCGUAAAGCAUGGUCGUAUAGUGCUUGCAAAUGUCCAUGACGAGUAACAGGCAAUCGGAGUUGUGCGAUCGACGUGCAACAGUGCAGUCGAGUGUGCAGCUCAAGUUAAGUCAGUUGCAUCAUUUCUCCUCGUUAAAUUUUACAUUUAUAUCACUGGCAUAGUUUUAUUUUAUUAUAUCUCAAGUCUUAUGAUUCAUAAACCAUUGGAAAAUUUUUAUUUAAAAUUUAUCUUUUUAAAAUUAAAUUUCAAUCUUUGUAAAUAAAUUUACUUUAAAUUUAUUUAAAGUACUGUGCAAGUGAUAAAUUAUUUUAUUUUUAUCUUAAUAACAUGCCAUGUUAUGUGUAAUGUGUGAAUGAAUAUUUAUCUCAUAUUUUCCAACGUUAGUUUUGUUUCUUUAUUUUUCGUUAAUAAAAAGUGCUAGUGCAUCAUUGAUAUAUUUUAUAAAUGCAUUAACACUUCAUAAAUGAAUGGUUAAAUCGAGAUUCUUUAGUAAAUAGAAUAAAAGGAAAAAAAAGUGAAUUCAAUUCUAAAUGUUGAAAGAGAUAAUAAAGUGUUUAUUAUUAUAAUAAGUAGUGAUUAUCAGUGACAGAAAAUACGAAAGAGGCUGAUGCAAAAAUUAUAAAACUGCUAAAUCAGAAUGUAUAAAUGUGUGAUCAGGUACAAUUACAGCAAACACGCAAAAAAUAAAAGAUAAUUGCGGUCACAUUUGCGUGUUGACCUAACAAAUUAAAGAUACAUUCCUUAAGACGAAAAGUGUUCAGUAGAUUUUACUCAGUACAGCCGGACACUUCUGGAAGAGAGCUCGUUCACAUUGGAACACAAAAGAACCAAGGAGUGUCAUAAUUUAAGAGUAUUUUCCUUGAACAAUGGCUGAGAUAGAUAAAAAAAUGCUAAUUCUGAAAAAUGGUGAGAAUUUGGCGAAAAACCAUGAAGACAAAAACUACAGUUGCAAAGAUGGGAAAAUUAAUUUAGAGGACUCAUUGAUUGAUAAUAAAAAGAGGAAUCAAGAGCCACGAGAAAUUGAAAAGAUGUGGGAAUCAAUGCUUCGUGUUCAUGAUGAAAUUGAAACUAAAACUGGGGGUAAAGAAGUGUUGGAAAUAAUUGAAGAUAAACCAGAGAAAGUGGAGUCAAAUGUAGAAAUAAAUCCAGAAGAUGAGGAACUCGACCUGGACCUAAGUGAGGAACUCCCGCCUGAAGUGAUGGAGUACGCUAAACGAGAACUCGGUGAAACCGAGGAGGUCAAGUGUCAGACUCUGCAAGAGCUUCGUGACAUGAUAUAUGAAAAAGGCGAAUGUUCACCACAUCGAAUGGAUGAUGCCUUCCUGAUCAGGUUUCUUCGUGCACGCAAUUUCAAUGUUUAUCGAGCACACAGAUUGAUAGUCAAGUAUUGCAAUUUCAAGGAAGAAUAUCCAGAGAUUCAUAAAAACGUAAAUCCUCUAGAAAUGCGUCAUAUUGGUGAUGAUGACGUGAUGACCGUACCAGCCUACAGGACUCAGUGUGGGCGACGGAUGAUGAUUUAUAGGAUGGGCAACUGGGAUCCAAAAAAAUACGGCGUUGAGGAGAUUUUCAAAGCAACAGUCAUCAUCCUUGAACUCGGAAUUUUGGAACCUCGAGCACAAGUUCUUGGUGGUGUCGUCAUCUUCGACCUUCAGGGUAUCACUAUUGCGCAUGCGUGGUCUGUUACACCCCAGAUCGCCAACAUGGUUCUGGGUUUAAUGGUAACGGCAAAUCCAAUGAAAACCUACGCAAUUCAUAUUCUCCACCAAUCUUGGGUCUUUGAUAUGAUUUACGCUGUGUUCAAGCCACUUUUAAACAAAGAGAUGCAAGAUCGUGUAUUCUUCCAUGGUGAUGACAUGUCAAGCCUUCAUAAGCAUGUGGCACCAACAUCCUUGCCGAAGAAAUAUGGCGGCACACGAGAGGAGUUGCCAUACUAUAAAUGGAUCGAUUCGUUGAGUUUAAAACCGAGGCUUGUGAAGGAAAUGUAUUCACUCGGCUACAUAGUCCCUGAUGAAUUAUUGGAGACGAUCAAAGGUCUCUGAUCUUUCAACUUUAUGGUCAACUUUAUUACUGAAUUUAUAUACAUCUUAUGUAGCCAUUUUAUUAGCUUUUAUGUGACUUACUGAUACAUUUUUUAGUAUUAAAUAAAAUUUUUUAAAAAUA